CUGCAUUUGUUCAUUCCGGACUGCAGGACCUCACUUUUUCCCUGAGAAUAAAGGAGAUUGUCAUGGAUGAACCGCUGGUCUCUGUAGUCCAACAGAGAUGGCCAGGCCUUCUCAUAGAGCAACAGGUAUAUACAGAAUAUUAUUGCAUUACCCAGGUGCAAUUGAAAGAAACAUCGCUGACAUCCUUGGACAAGUAUUCGACAGCUCUGAUCAAAAUGUACAGAGCAAAAGGAGGCAAGACGGCACAUGAAUUGAAAUCACUUUUAGAAUUACUAGAUGAACAGACUAUGGAUGUUACCACACACAAGAGGGCAACGGUUCUACAAGGACUACCUCUGUACUUAAGAGAAUACAAGAAGUUAUCAACAACAUGUCAUGAUACAGACUCCCUUCAAAUAUAUACAAAUGAAAUGAAGAUAGGAAUAUUAGAGGUUGUGAGGCACCAUGAGACCAAUCCUGGAGCUGCGGCAAUGAAUGUGGCUGUGGUAAUAGAAGGUCGAGUAGUAAUUGAAGAGCUUGUCGACUUCACAACUGCAUUUGUCAUACUUGUUGGUCUUCUGUAUGCUCGAAACAUUCAGUACCCAAAAGAACUUAAAUAUACUUUUGAAACAGUACAGAAGGUGUUUCUAAAUAUUGGAGACUUAUACUCACAUAGAGUAUUGUCACUCAAAAAUAUGCUGUAUAAAUGUUAGGCAAAUAUGUCUCAGAUCUGCAGAAUGGGAUGUGCUUGUCUUUUGAUUUUAGAUUAACAUUGCGAUAGCUACUUUUCUUUGUGUGAAAUUCUUUCUCAGUUGCACCUUAGUGUUAAUGUUAUGACAGAAUCUCUUUACCCUGUGCAGGUUCUGUU